AUGGAAAGAAUAAUCAAAGAUUCUGAAAACAAAGAAGUCGCAGUUGAUUUAUGUGCGGUGACUAAAUUCCGAUCGUUUCCGAGUUACAAGCUCAGAUCUUUCUUUUACGAUAAUUGUUCUCAUCGUCUUGACUUGAUCCUGAGACACGGCACAUAUCUAUCAUCUGUUCUCAAGUUCAGAGUCCACACACCAGGAAGCUUGAAAUUUUAG